AUGUCGUCCGGAGGGAUAUUCAAGUCGCCUCUCACGAGCGAGAAGCUCAUUACAGAUUCAUCCAUGGCUUCCAAAGGGCAGAAGCCUGCAAAUCCGCACAAGAUUUUCACGAGAAAAUGCAAUAUUAUUCUUGGUUUAAUUUUCCUCUUUCUGCUGGCAAUCGCCUUGGCACUAGGCCUCACAUUCGGUCUACGCCAUCACCAUUCCUCCCCUCCAACUUCCAGUCCUACCCCACCUAUAUUACCGAUCCCUCCUACCAACACCUCAUUUUGGACCCCAAAUCUCAACGCUUCCAAUACAUGGAACAUUGAGCUGAUAUCGGCCCUGGAUCCCACCAAUAUCUAUCCGAAUACAACCAUCUAUGACAUCGACCUCUUCCUUUCGGCCAAUACCACGCCCCCAAUAAUCAGUACCUUACAUUCGAAAUCACACAAAGUAAUCUGCUAUUUCUCAGCCGGCACCAUCGAAACAUUCCGUCCCGAUGCAAACCGCUUCAUUCGUUCGGAUUAUGGCAAGCAGCUCCCUGACUGGAAAAACGAAUACUGGGCGAAUAUCUCCUCAUUAAAUGUCCGAUCUAUUAUGCUAUCCCGUUUGGACCUGGCGGUCAAUCAGUCCUGCGAUGCGGUAGAUCCCGACAACGUCGAUGGCUAUUCCAAUAACAACGGGCUCGGGCUAACAAAAGAUGAUUCGGUUGAAUACAUGCAGUGGUUAGCGGCUGAAGCCCACGGACGGGGUUUAGGGAUCGGCCUGAAAAAUGCUGGCGAGAUCAUCGACCGCGUGCUAGACGACGUGCAGUUCGCUGUCAACGAGCAGUGCGUGCAGUACCAAGAGUGUGACACUUGGCAAACCUUCCUUGACAGUGGUAAGCCCGUAUUCAAUAUUGAAUACCCCAAAGAUGCGCCGAAGGUUAGUCAAGUGGAAAAGACGGAUGUGUGCGAUGGCUCAAACAUACAUGCGGAUGGAUUUUUCACCAUUCUUAAGAAGAUGGAGUUGGAUGAUUGGGUAGAAAGCUGCUGA